AUGACUCUGACCUUCAUUUUGGGCUUCGCGGCCGCGGCCAUCGUGCUGCAGGUUAUCCGCAUGCUCGUCAACUCCUGGCAACAUUCGCGCAAUGCUAAGAGCUUGGGCUGUGGCAGUGUGCCAUUGUACCCCUGCAAGGACCCCUUUGGAAUCGACAACUUAAAACAAUCCCUAGCAGCCGACAAAGAGAACGUCGUUCCCGAGUUGGCCGAGAAGCGCAUUCAAGUCAUUAGUGAACAGGAGAACCGCUACGUCACUACAUUCUCCAUUCGCAAUCUCGGCCGCACCCACCUCUUCACGAUCGACCCCAAGAACAUUCAAGCUCUCCUGGCUACCCAAUUCAAGGAUUUCGAGCUCGGCUCAGUUCGUCGCGCCAGCUUGCACCCCUUGCUCGGCACUGGUAUCUUCACCGCCGAUGGAGAAGAAUGGAGUCGGUCCCGCGGCCUGUUACGGCCUCAAUUCACCCGCGAACAAAUUAGUCAAUUGGAUCUGGAAGAAGAGCAUGUCCAAAAGGCCAUGCAGGCCCUGCCUGUCGCAGCCAACGGCUGGACAGCCGCGACAGACAUCCAAUCCAUCUUCUUCCGCCUGACCAUCGACUCCGCGACAGAAUUCCUCUUCGGCGAAAGCGUCGAGAGCCAACUCGGCGCCCUAAACAACCUAAACAGACUAGAGGACUCGUUCGCCGCCUACUUCGACAAAUCGCAAUGGGUCUGCGCGCAGCGCUCCCGCUUCGAAAAACUCGCCUUCCUCGCCGAAAACAAAGAAACCAAAUUCUCCGACACCCAAGUGCACGCCUUCGUCGACAAAGUCGUCGCAACGGCCCUCUCCGCCCAGAACCAAUCCGAAAAGAAAUCCCCAACCGAUAAAACCUCCUACGUCUUCCUCGAUGCCCUCCUCCAAGUAACCAGCGACCCAAUCGAGCUCCGCUCCCAACUCCUCAACAUCCUCCUCGCAGGCCGCGACACAACAGCUUCCCUCCUAAGCUGGACAACCCUCAUGCUCGCCCGCAACCCAGAUGUCUUCGCCCACCUCCGCUCCACAAUUCUUUCCACUUUCGGCCCCUACUCCACCACGCAGAACAUCACCUUCGCAGCCCUCAAAUCCUGCCAGUACCUGCAGUACGUCAUGAACGAGGUCCUGCGCCUGUACCCCGUUGUCCCCUUCAACCGCCGCAACGCAACCCGUGACACCACCAUCCCCCGCGGCGGCGGCCCAGACGGCCAAGACCCCGUCUACGUCCGCAAGGGCCAGUCCGUUAUCUAUACGACGCAUGUUAUGCAGCGCCGCAAGGAUCUCUGGGGUCCUGACGCUGAUCAGUUCAAGCCUGAGCGCUGGGCGAAUCGCAAGGCUGGCUGGGAGUAUAUUCCUUUCAAUGGGGGUCCGAGAAUCUGUAUCGGGCAGCAGUUUGCGUUGACUGAGGCCGGAUAUGUUAUUGUUAGGCUUUUGCAGCGCUUUGAUCGUAUCGAGGAUGUUUACCCUGAUCAGAAGAUUCGGUACGGUCUUACUUUGACCAGUGCGCCGGCUGAUAAGGUUACUGUGCGCAUGCACCAGGCGGAGGAUGUUUAG